UCUAGAGAGAGAAAGUUAGAGAGAGAAAGAAAGAUUGAUGGAUUGAAAGAUGAACCCUGAUUUAAACAAAAGAGGUCAAACCGUCAAACCCAACAAACCCACAAAAACAAGACAACCCCAUCAAAAUAUUUCUCUCUUCUUUCACCCACCUUCUUUCUAAUCAUAAUCAUCACCGCCGGUAACUUUUCCGGUGACAUAUCAUAUGACUUUCCGGUAACUACCCGGUUAUCGGUGAAAAGGGUACCGUUAAUUUCUUGAAGUAGGAACUAAUUUUUUAAAAUUUUUCAUUUUUAGUUAGUUCUUUUUUCUUCUUUUAAGGAAAUUUCUAUUAAAUGAAACAUCAGCAAACAAAGGGUAUUCAUAAUAAAACGAAUGGAUUUAGCCGUAAUUCUUUCAAGUUCAUCUCAUCUUGUAUCAAAACCGUCUCUUCCGGUGUCCGGUCAGCUAGUGCCUCCGUUGCCGCUUCCAUUUCUUCUGAUUCUAAUGACAUCAAAGACCAGGUGCUAUGGGCUUGCUUUGACAAGAUAGAACUCAGUCCAUCCAUCUUUAAGCGUGUUCUGUUGCUUGGUUAUACCAAUGGUUUUCAAGUCUUGGAUGUCGAUGAUGCCUCUAUAGUCACUGAACUGGUUUCAAGGCGUGAUGGCCCAUGUACGUUUUUGCAAAUACAGCCUUUCCCUGCAAUGUCCGAAGGUUGUGAAGGGUUUGGGGCAUCACAUCCCUUACUUUUCGUUGCUGCAGGAGAUGAAGCAAUGGGUCCAGAUUCCACUCAAAGGAGAAGAGAUGGACUGGUUAGAGAUGGCUAUAUCGAAUCACAGACAGGGAAUGUGGUCAAUUCUCCCACUGCUGUUCGCUUUUAUUCGCUGAGGUCUCACAGCUAUGUACAUGUUCUGAGAUUUCGUUCUUCUGUCCUUACAGUUAGAUGCAGUCCUCGCAUUGUCGCUGUGGGACUUGCUUCACAAAUAUACUGCUUUGAUGCUCUCACUCUUGAGAACAAAUUCAGUGUUUUGACUUAUCCUGUCCCUCAAAUGUCUGGCCUGGGAAUGGUUGGUAUAAAUGUCGGUUAUGGUCCCAUGGAUGUUGGUCCCAGGUGGUUAGCUUAUGCUUCUAAUAACCCCUUACUGACUAACACUGGGCGGUUAAGUCCCCAAAGUCUUACACCUUCUCCUGGUGUAAGCCCUUCAACAUCACCUAGCGGUGGGAAUAUGGUGGCUAGGUAUGCUAUGGAGUCGAGCAAGCAGUUGGCUGCUGGGCUGAUUAAUCUUGGUGACAUGAGCUACAAAACGUUCUCCAAGUACUGUAAUGAACUUCUUCCUGAUGGUUCUAAUUCUCCUGUAACUUCCAGCUCUGGCUGGAGAGUUAACAAAACGUCAGCUAAUUCACCUGAGACAGAUACUGCUGGGAUGGUUAUUGUUAAAGAUUUUGUUUCCAGAGCUGUUAUAGCACACUUUAGGGCUCACACGAGCCCAAUUUCUGCUCUUUGUUUUGAUCCUAGCGGGACGCUUCUGGUGACUGCAUCAAUCCAUGGUAAUAAUAUAAACAUCUUCCGGAUAAUGCCAUCCAGCUCAAAGAAUGGGACAGGUAGUCAGAAUUACAAUUGGACAACAUCUCACGUGCAUCUAUAUAAGCUUCAUCGCGGCUUCACAACUGCAGUUAUUCAAGAUAUAUGUUUCAGCCAAUAUAGCCAAUGGGUAGCCAUCAUCUCAUCGAAAGGGACUUGCCACAUAUAUGUUUUGUCUCCUUUUGGUGGGGAGUGUGGGCUCCAAGUUAAAAAUUCUCACGUUGAUGGGCCAACUCUGGUCCCUGUUCUAUCUUUACCAUGGUGGUCUACUUCAUCUUAUACUGUAAAUCAGCAGUCUUUGUCUAUUCCUCCACCACCUCCAGUCACUCUCUCUGUUGUUAGUAGAAUAAGAACCGGUAAUUCUGGUUGGCUCAACACAGUUAGCAGCGCUGCAUCUUCUGCCGCUGGAAUGGGCUCUGCGCAACCUUCUGCUGUUUCUGCUGUUUUCCACUGUUCGAUGCCUAGUGGCUCUUCCCGUGGACGCUCCUUGGAGCACCUUUUGGUUUAUUCUCCUUGCGGUCAUCUUAUCCAAUACGGACUUAUCCCAUCGAUGGGGAUAGAUACCACUGUUACAGCUCCUAGAACUGGUUCGGGCUCACUGGCGCAGAUACAAGAUGAUGACUUAAGGGUGAAAUCUGAAGUCGUCCAUUGGUGGGAUGUUUGCAGAAGAGCAGAUUGGCCAGAAAGAGAGGAGUCCAUCAAGGGGAUAUCUUUUGGCGCAAAAGAACCUUCAGAAAUGGUCUUGGAAACAUCUGACUUUGAAGAUAAUGACAAUAGUGGAAAGGGAGAAGAGCUACACGAACAAUCCACCUUGUAUCUUUCCAAUGCAGAAGUUCAAAUGAAUUAUGGAAGAAUACCAUCAUGGCAAAAUUCCAAGAUACAUUUCUUCGCUAUGAAUUCUAUGGUGCCUGACGAUCAGAAAUCUUCUGUCGAUGAUAAUAUUGGUGGAGAAAUUGAAAUCGAAAAGGUCUCACAUCUCGAGAUUGAAAUAAAGAGGAAGGAUUUGUUGCCUGUUUUUGAGCACUUUCACAAUGUGAAACCUGAUUGGAACAACAGGGGUGCAAUUGGUUAUUCUACUUCUAGAUCUGAAUCCCGUUUGGCUGAUGACAAGUAUCCAUCUCCUGCCAUUGUCCAUCCUCAAACUGUACAGAACUCCCAUUUUGGUUCCUUUGCACCAGAUGCACAGAUGGAUGCAGUCAAGUCUUAUUUGGGAAUUGCGCAAAAUCAGAUCAUUAAUAAUGGGAUGAAAGUCUCUUCUAAAUUUCCUUCACCUUUACUGACUCAAAAUUCAUUAAAUACUGAUGAUACUUCCACCAUGGAAAUCUCACCACCUGAAAACAGCUGCCUUGUAAAUAGUCCAUCCCCUGUAAAGAAUGCCUCACUCUCAGCUGAAAGAGCUAACCCAAAGGAAGUUCAAUCGUCCAGCAGUGUGGGAGGCAGUGAAGCUUCAAAUGUUAGUUCUAACCGUUCUGAUUUUAGUAUGAACGUUGCUGAUGAGAGCUCUGUUCAAGACCCACUAGAUUUUGGGGGUUUUUUCGAAGAGGAAUAUUGUAAAGCUGCACCUCUUGACGAAAGCCAUGAGCUAUCAGAAGUUGUUACUGAUGUAGAUAGUAGCAGCAGCCCCCGCGAGAAAGAGAAGUCUGAAGAAGAUGGUGAGAACGAUGAAUUGCUUGGAGGUGUAUUUGCCUUUUCUGAAGAAGGAUGAGAAGCAAACCCCAGUCGGCUCUCUUUGUGCUGGACUUGUGCCAAAUAUAGUAAAAUUCUGGUCAGCGUUCAGCCACAUGGAGGGUGAUGUUUCGAGUAAUUUUAAGGUUUUCAGUCCAUCAUAGCCAUUCAAUAUUGCAUCUGUUGAACAGACUCAUUCACUCGGGGGGUACGAUGUAUAUUUUUUUCUUAAUUCACUUUUCUUACCUCUUUUGUGUCAUUGCUACCAAAGCAAGUGCUUCUGGUUUUCCAUUCUUCUAGUUUACCUGUACAUGUUGUAGAUUGAAAUAGUUCUGAUGAUUUCUGUGAUCAUAUGUUCUUGUAAUGCUAUAUGUAACACUAAAUUCUUCUUCAAGGAAAAAAAAAAAAAAAAGAAAAAUUAGAAAUAAGAAAAAAGGAAAGAAAAAUAAAAUUGAAUGAUUGUUAGUUCUGCUGUACA